CUCUUCGCUGGGAUAUGCAAAGAAUCUAUUUUUCUGUAGCUAUUUUCUGCUUAUGUGUCAGCGGAAUAUAUGCAAGUUCAAUAUUCCAUUGGGUGAGCACACAAGUUGGGAAAGGAAUUAAUAUGGUUUUUAAUAGAGGAAUUAUUUCUAAAGAAUGGACUGAAUUAAUUAGUAAUCAAUGCAUCAAGUUUGCAGAGACUUUCAACGUUCCCAAACCCAGAUCUGCGAAUUUGACAAAGCUAAAAUUUGAUUAUAUAACACCGUGUUGCAACUAUGCAGUGCCUAUAUCGGAAGCCGAAACUCUCUGGGAGAAUGCAAUAUUUAAUCUGAAUACAAAAAUAGUUUUUGUCGCUACUGGAUGGUUGACAAAUUCCAGGUUUUCAUUUUCCAGGGACGUUUUACAAAGGGCUUACAUGUGUCGCCCCGAUAUAAAUUUCGUGGUUGUAGAUACAUCGGGCUACCUAGAUAUGCUCUAUAUGUGGUCUGUGCAGAACACCGAUAUUAUUGGGGACUACAUUAGCAUCGGCUUAAAGAAACUGACAGAUGCCAAUCCAUCAGCCGAGAUUCAUCUUAUCGGUCACUCACUGGGUGCACAUAUUAUGGCGUUCGCUGCACGACAGUAUCAAAAUUUAACAGGGCGAGUGGUGGAUCGUCUAACAGGUUUGGAUCCGGCCAAGCCUUGCUUUACAGCCAGAGCCCGUAGUGAUGCCUUAGCCAAUGAUAUUGCCCGGUUCGUAGAUGUCAUACACACAAAUCCUGGUUUAUUGGGAGAGGAUUCGCCAGUUGGUCAUGCCGAUUUCUAUCCAGGUGGUGAUGAUCCAGUUCAAAACGGAUGCAUAUUCCUCGAAUGCUCACAUAGUCGAGCAGUUGAGUACUUUGCCGAGAGUGUUUAUCCAGACCAGGAGCGGAACUUCCUCGCUUCCAAAUGUGAUUCAAUGAAAGAUGUGCAUGCUAAAGCUUGCCAGUCUCCCCACUCAGUAAUGGGCUAUGAAGUUGAUAAGAAGGCCAGAGGUAUUUACUAUCUGGAAGUAAAUAGUAAUUCACCAUUUGGCAAGAAUUCAAUUAUAGAUUCGGACGAUGUAAAUAAAGAAUGCAAGUGCCGUGGUGUAAUGUGUCAAUUUUAAAUGAUUUUAGAAGAUUCUGAA